AUGAGUGUCAUCGGCAAAAUCCAAGGGGCCCUAACCAGCCUAUCGAACGAGAAUGUGCUUGCAUUAGCGAACCUAAAUUUCGACUUCUCGCUAUUUAAAAUGGAACCGCCCCCCGAGUUCACGGGGCUCGGAAACGCAUUAUCCGCCCGUCGCAAGGAAGACGCAGAAGAUGGCUUAUAUCAUCGGAUUGCCCGACGACUAGGCGCGCUUUUCGAGGAGGUCAUUCCGUCGACACCCGAAUUAAUCCGCGCUUAUGGGAAACGAGUGUCCGAGGUUUCAGAGGCCCCAGGGAUCAAUCCCAAGGGGUCAAAGGAUGAUGGGUUAUUCGAGAACAUGGUCGGUGCUGACGGCACGUCGAUAUGGGCGGCUGCAACAUCUGGCUCUGGUGCCAUCCCCAUGCACUUGCUGGCCUGCAUGCUUGCCCGAAUGUGGAAGUCGGACGAGGCCACGUCAAUCUGGGUUGAGAUUGUCGAAAAGCGUAAACAGAUCAUCAAGGAAGGGUGCGAGUCAUUGGAGCCCCGGCACUGGGCUUCUCUGCUGGCGUCGCAGCAAGAAAUCUCACGGAAGGACCUGGCGCAUUGGGACGCCAGUGCCCGAGCUUGGCUAGAUCGAGCAGACGAAGCACGAGCCUAUCAGCACUCAACUAAUGCUCGUUGUCAAGAACCUGGACAUUGA